AUGGGAAGCUUGAGUACGAUUCUGGGACACCCAGAUGAGAUUUAUCCGCUCUUGAAGUUGAAAUUUGCCAUUACGAAAGCUCAGAAUCAGAUCCCACUCGAUCCACACUUAGCUUUCUGUUAUUCAACGCUCAGCAAAGUCUCUAAAACCUUUUCUCUUGUUAUUCAACAGUUAGGCACCGAGCUUCGUAACACCGUGUGUGUGUUUUACUUGAUUCUCCGAGCUCUUGAUACAGUUGAGGAUGACCUAAGCAUACCAAUGGAGACCAAGGUUCCAGUUCUGAUAGCUUUCCACCGUCACAUAUACGAUCCUGACUGGCAUUUUUCAUGUGGUACUAAGGAGUGUAAGGUUCUCAUGGACGAAUUUCACCAUGUUUCAGCAGCUUUUCUUCAACUUGAAAAAAGUUAUCAAGAAGCUAUUAAAGACAUAGCUAAAAGAGUUGGUGCAGGAAUGGCCAAGUUCAUUUGCAAGGAGGUUGAAACGGUUGAUGAUUAUGAUGAAUACUGUCAUUAUGCUGCUGGACUUGUGGGUUUAGGUUUGUCAAAACUCUUCCUCGCUUCGGAAUUAGAAACACUAACUCCAGACUGGGAGCAGAUUUCAAAUUCUACAGGUUUAUUCUUAGAGAAAACACAUAUUAUCAAAAGUUAUCUUGAAGACAUUACUGAGAUACCAAAACCACGCAUGUAUUGGCCUCGUGAGAUUUGGGGCAAAUAUGUUGACAAGCUUGAGGAGUUGAAAAAUGAGGAGAAAUCAACAGAAUCAGUGCAGUGCUUAAAUCAUAUGGUCACUAAUGCAUUGAUUCAUGUUGAAGAUUCCUUAAAAUUUAUGGCUGCAUUGCGUGAUCCUGCGAUAUUUAACUUUUGUGCUAUCCCUCAGAUUGUGGACAUUGGAACACUUGCAUUAUGCUAUAACAAUGUACAAGUAUUUAGAGGAGUGGUGAAAAUGAGGCGAGGUUUAAUAGCUAAAGUCAUGGAUCGCACAAAGACAAUGGCUGAUGUGUAUGGCGCCUUCUAUGAUUUUUCUUGCAUGCUGAAAGCAAAGGUUGACAAGAACGAUCCAAAUGCUAGCAAGACACUAAACCGACUUGAAGCCAUUCAGAAAGUCUGCAGAGACAGUGGAGUCCUUCACAAGAGAAAACCUUAUGUUAACGACGAAGGGAAAUCAACCUCUUACAUGUUGCUGAUUGCAAUAUUGGUGCUUCUUCUGGCCAUAGUAUUUGUGUAUCUCGGAGCAAACAGAGUGAUGGAAUAUUGA